UAUGGAAACAACAGACACGAGCACACACACGCUGGGGAAGUUGGCAAGUCAUUUUCGUAACCAUCUCAUUGUAAUGAAAAUUUUGAUUGUUUUAAGACCAACAGGUUUUUACUACUAGUAUAAGUGUAUGGACUCCAUCAGCUUUGAAUAACUUAAUGAUACUGAGGUGAACCAUGAAAAUGACGGCUAUUUGUAUACAUAUGACUGCCAUGAUCUACUAAAUUUAUAUAGCAAAUCAGUCCCAGCAAUUCAAUUCAAUUCAGCAAACUAAUCAAUCUCAAAUCUCAUCAUGUUGGCUUUAUCUCCUCCUCUGUUUUCAACAAUUGGAUGGCCCUUGGAGGAUCAUCCCAUAAGUCAUGACCACAACAACUAUUUCUCAGCAGAAUCAUCGCUUCCUCAUUUUCCUACAACUCUGCAGCCACAGUUUGAUCAGCUUGAUCACUCUACGCCAUCCACUGCAAUCAGCGGCGAGUCCAACAUUUCUUCAGUGGAUAAGAAGCUUAACCACAAUGCUAGUGAGCGUGACCGCCGCAAGAAGAUCAACAACUUGUACUCAUCACUACGUUCACUGGUUCCCGCAGAUCACGCGAAAAGAUUAAGCAUUCCAGCCACAGUUUCGCGAGUGCUGAAAUACAUUCCAGAGCUCCAGCAGCAAGUGGAGGGACUAAUUCAAAAAAGAGACGAGCUUUUAUCGAAAAUUUCUAUGCAAGAAAAUGUAAUUUUGAAAGAGGAAAAGAAAGUAAAAAGCACAGCUCGGAGGAAUCGGAGCUCAUUAUCAGCUGUUUCAACAACUCGUCUUAGUGAUAGUGAAGUUGCAAUUCAAAUAUCCACAAUUAAGUCCUCCCACAAUUUCGUCUCUCGGAUUUUGCAUAGUCUGGAGGAGGAUGGGCUUGAAAUACUAAAUGCUUCUUCCUUUGAGUCCUCUGGAGGGAGGGUCUUCUAUAAUUUACAUUUCCAGGUAGAUAUGUUCUAUAGGUUGGAAUGCGAGAAUUUAAGCGAGAGGCUCAUGUCCUUCUAUGCAUGAGAAAAACUGAAAAAUUAAUUCCAGAGGACUUUCUAAUAAAUUAAUGUGUUACUACUUACCACAUUGGUGCUUCGUCUAUCCACAUAUUGAAGUGAAGCAAGCACUUACGCAGAGAACACCGACCAUUAAACAUGCCAUGAAUACAUGGAGAUCGAGAUUGCGCUAUUAAGCUAUAUUAGGAAAAAGAGGAUGAAGUUUAGUAGUAAGUCGAGUUUGGAAAUAAUGUGUUUGUGUAUCAUGUAAAGUGGCGCAUGUUAAUUCUAUAUGAUGCAUCAACCAACACAUCAAACACAAGAUCAUAUCAUACAACACAUACACAAUAUGAAUUAAACCAGCUGCACAACAUCCACACAUAAACUGCAGAAUAGCUUUCCUAAUGGAACUAGUACUCCACCUGCAUCAUUGGCGCUCUGGAUCCCUGCAGAAACAACUUGACCAAGGUUAGACAUCUUGAGCAACGGGAAACGAGAAUGAAUAGUAGCAAAACUAGAGCAGAAAGCCUUCUGUAUGUCAACACCAAAAGCUUCAGAAUGGGGCUGAACAAAAUGCUUGACAACGGUGAUGAAUACAGGGACUUCGCUCCCUAUUUAUAUUGGCCAAUAAACCCGAGCUAGACUCAUCCCAUAAGGAGUCCAAUACUUGCUUCAUGUUUAUCUUGAUAGGAGACUUAGAAUCUAUCACAAAUACUUAAUGUAAUUCAGGUUGAUUACAAAUGAGUUCCCUACUUCUACUAGGAGAUAUACACCCACGUAGAUAACUGGAAUUAGAGUUAUAUUCAUGUACUUCUUGUUAUUUACAUAGGAUUAAAUCAACUGGUUUUA